AUGCCCGGUGACGAUUUAGACAGGUUGCUGGAAAAAAUUCAGAGGAGGAGGGGAGAUAAUGUAAUCAUUCCUUUUCAUGGUGAUGUGAAAGAAUGUGUCUCUUCCCAGGAAGCAGCCUGCAUGGUUCCUGCACACAGCAGAGGUUGUAACACAGAUAACUUUCAAAUAUACCAAUCUCAACUGAUGGUUGCUCGGAAGCUCCUCUCCCAGGUGUGCGCAAUUGCAGACAGCGGCAGUCAAAGUUUGGAUUUAGGACGGUUCAGCAAGGUGGAUUUCCUUAUAGUUGUUCCUCGCUCAGAAAUACUGGUACAGCAGACUCUUCAAAGGAUUAGACAGUCUGGUGUGGUGACUGAUUUGGGUCUAGAAGAAUUAGCAUUUGCACCUCAGCGUGCAGAAAAGUAUGUGCUUCGACUAGAUGGAGAUUUUCAAGUCAAGUUUGAUGCCUUUAUGAAAAAAGUGAAACAGAAUCCUUAUACUCUCUUUGUUCUUAUCCAUGAUAAUAGCCAUGUGGAUUUAACCAGUGCCAUGUCAGGAUCAUUGCCCCUUGGAGAUUCUUCUCAGGGACUUUCUGACCGAAUUGUUAAUGGUCAUGAAGUGCAGGAAGGCCUGAAUCUCAUAGUGCUACAAGUCAGUGCAUUUCCAUAUGCUUUACAGACACAGCAGUCCAAGAUCAGCCCCAGCAAUGAGGUGCACUGGAUUCAGCCAGACAUGGCAGAGGGUGUAGCUGGAGAGGAAAUGGUCUACUUUGGAAUUAAUGAGUACAGCAAAUCUCUACAGUGGGGUAUUACUAGUCCUUUAUUGAGAUGUGAUGAAACAUUUGAAAAAAUGGUCAACACGCUUCUGGAAAGAUACCCAAGGCUUCACAGCAUGGUAAUAAGGUGCUACCUUCUUAUUCAGCAAUAUUCUGAAGCUCUUAUUGCUUUAACCACCAUGACCUCGCUCAGAGACCACACCACACCAGAGACGCUGAGCAUUGUGGAUGACCUGCUUAGCUCCCCGGGGAAAGACAAAAGUGGCCAGGGACACAUGCUUAUCAUCCGAGUACCUUCAGUACAGCUGGCAAUGUUGGCAAAGGAGCGACUGCAGGAAGUGAGAGACAAACUAGGGUUGCAGUAUCGCUUUGAAGUGCUUCUUGGUAAUCCUGCUUCUGAACUCUCUGUUGCCAAGCACUUUGUCACUAGAUUAAAGAUAUGGAGCGGAUGUGAACAAGAAGACUGGGUUCCUAGAACAUUCAAAGACCUCGAAGGUUUACCUUGUAUUGUAGUUCUUACCGGCAAGGACCCCCUUGGAGAAACCUUUCCCAGGGUGUGUGUAUACUGUGACCUCCGUCUAAUAGAUUCCAGUUUCCUAACACGGACAGCGUUGGAGCAAGAAAUAGGCCUGGCUUGCGGUUAUGUAUCAAGGGAUGUCAUUAGAGAACCAAUGACUGCGUUGGACCUCAGUGACAAAGAAGUUGACAAGGUUAACAGCAUUGCAAAUGACUCCGAUGAUCUGUUUAUUGACCUAGACAGACCACAAAGUACUGGCAGUGAAGUCACUGGGACUUCAGGUUCCAUAGCAGAAAAUGGAGUCAGUUCAUCAAGCACAGCUGAGGAGACACAGAGACAACCAUUAAACCCUGACUUUCCAAUUAUAGCAAACAGCUCCCUGGAUGAAGGAACGUACCCCAAUUCUACAGCCAGUGAGCUCAAGCCAGAAUGCGACUCUCUUGGAGCACAAAUGGCCAGCAGCACAACAUCAAAAUUAUCCUCUUCCUCAUCACAAACUCUCCAGUGGACUAACCAAUCGGGAAAAAAGAGCAGGACGUUGAGUUUAACAUUGCCACGUAUCGUGGUUCUCUCAAGAGCUACUUACAAUCUCUUGGCUUCUCAUAAAAAUGGACAGGCACUCUCUACAGUUUCCCUCUUGCCCCAUGCUGAUGUUAGUUGGCUGAGAUCACUCAGACCUUUAAUUUCCAAAGACUUGAGCAGUGACGAGCAAUCACUUUACUACCGGCAGUGGACAACAGCCAGACAGCACCAUGCAGACUAUGUAAACCCCAGUGAGCAGUUGGGCACAAGGACUGUUCAUCCACGGCGUCUUCUUCUGACUGGACCACCACAGGUAGGAAAGACUGGUGCUUACCUGCAAUUUCUUAGAAUACUUUAUCGCAUGCUGAUUCGACUCUUGGAGGUAGAUGUCUAUGAUGAGGAAGAGAUCAACAAAGUUGAGGAAGGACAGGAGGAGCUUCCAACAAAUUAUGAGCUUUGGCCAGAUAUUGAAGCGUUCAGCAAAAUUCCUUUUGAUGUCACAAUACAUGAUCCAAAAUAUCGACAUGUCAGUCCACUCUACACUGGCCAAACCAAGCAAGACUCCUCUGGAGGUCAUUCUGAUGAAUCUCGGAAACGUGAAACCGUUUCUAUGAUGCUGACAAAAUAUGCAUCAUACAAUACUUUCCACCACUGUGAGCAGUGUCACCAGUACAUGGAUGUCGGCUCUGCAUCACAGAUGCCUGAUUCUACCAUACAUGCCUUUACCUUUUCAUCCUCGAUGCUUGGUGAGGAGGUUCAACUUCACUUCAUCAUCCCCAAGUCCAAAGAACAUAAUUUUGCCUUCAGCAAACAGGGCAAGCACCUGGAGAGCAUGCGGCUCCCCCUGGUGUCCGAUAAAAACCCCAUUGUUAAGAGUCCAAUUUUUACCCCUUCAAGUGGCAGACAUGAACAUGGACUAUUAAACCUCUAUCAUGCAAUGGAAGGUAUUAGUCACCUGCAUAUCAUGGUCGUGAAGGAGUAUGAGAUGCCACUUUACCGAAAGUAUUGGGCCAACCACAUCAUGCUGGUGCUUCCUAGCAUGUUUAACAAUGCUGGAGCUGGGGCUUCCAGGUUUCUUAUCAAAGAGCUGUCUUACCACAACCUGGAACUGGAGAGAAAUCGUAUGGAGGAGAUGGGAAUCAAACGUCAGUGUGUAUGGCCACUCAUUGUAAUCAUGGAUGACUCCUGUGUUUUGUGGAAUGUACAUGGCAAAGUUGCAGAGCAAUCAACCCAAUCCACAGAAACAGAUUCUGGUAUCAAGAAUGUCUCUCUGAAGUAUAUGCUACAGCACAUGGAAGCUACGCCAAAGAUCACCAACUAUGCAAUGCUGGGGAUCCAAAAGUGGAACAGCAAGUUAAAUUCCAGUUUCCUCAAGCGUUCCUUCUCCAGGUGUCAUGUUCAUGACUUUAUAUUGCUCAACGUGGACCUGACCCAGAACGUGCAGUAUGAUCUUAACAGGUACUUCUGUGAAGACAUAGACUUCAACCUUAGAGCAAACAGCGGAGGGUUGCUGAUUUGCCGCUUCAACAACUUUAGCCUAAUGAAGAAGCACAUACACGUGGGAGGACACAAGGACUUCAUUGUCAAGCCCAAAGUUAUGAUAACGGAAACUAUUGGUCCCAUCUCUCCUAUACAUUUUGUGUGUGCUCCGGACAGUGAGCAGACGCUCCUGGCAGCUCCAGCACAGUUCCUGCUGGAGAAGUUUCUACAGUACAGCGCUCUCAAGCUGUUUCCAAAGGCCUUGAACAAUCCCAGGAACCCAUUAUUGGCUGUAGACUGCUACCUGAAUCUAGGACCUGAGGUGACGCUGUGCUAUAUGAGCUCCAGACCACACUCUGUAAAUGUGAACUGUGAUGGACUUGCAUUCAGUGGACUUCUGCUUUAUUUGUGCAACUCCUUUGUCUGCGCAGGAAUGCUAAAGAAAUUCAGGUUUCUUAAAGGUGCUACACUCUGUGUUAUAUGUCAGGACAGGAGUUCUCUGCGGCAGACCAUUGUACGUUUGGAGUUGGAGGAUGAAUGGCAAUUCAGACUGCGCGAUGAGUUCCAGACUGCUAAUAGCAUCGAUGACAAACCACUCUAUUUCCUUACUGGGCGACACAUUUAAAUGUUGGAGACUUUUAUUUAUUUCCCUUUUGCAACAAAGUCACAGAAAAGUGGCUAUAAAAGGUUAGCCUGCGAAUGUGAAGAAGUUGGUGAAUUCAGAUGAAAAAAAUUUCUGAGUAAUGGAAGGACAGUCCACAUAACCAAGAUGACCUUUCAGGCCGUCUGUUGGACAAAUGAAGACUUCAGUGCUUUUGCCUUGUUUGAUUUCAAUAUUGGUGAUACGUACUUUCAUAAGUUAUCAUCCUGGGUCUUUGGACCAUCACAUUUGCAGGCUGAUUGAUUACCAACCUUUUAUAAUUAGCACAAAAAUGACUAGUGGAUAAAUCUCUUGCUAUGUUACCAAUUAUGUUUUUUAUGCUUUGUACAAUGCAAUUUGUGGCCAAACAAGACUUCUGGGAGACACCAUGCUGAAUGACGGGU